AGCCCACAAAUCUUCCACUUCGCUCCUCUAUCUUCGGCUUCUUCGUUUCAGAUUAUCGCUCUGCUUCAAGGUUUUCCAGCCAUGGAGGUCGCCACCACUGCCUCCAGCUUCGCGCUUACCAAGCGAAUAUCGCCAUUAAUUACUUCUUCCCAUGAUAGAAAAUCGAACCGGGCCUUGUCCUUGUCGUCCUCCUCUCUCAGAACGCCUCCGCUUUCCACUAAUUUUCUCAUCCCAUUCGCCGGUGGCAGCGUCUCCGGGGACUUUUCCGGCGUGAAACUCCGGCCGUCAUCGCUUAAUACGGAUUCUUCCCCUGGAUCCAAGGGCAAACGGGGUGUUGUUACUAUGGUUAUUCCAUUUUCAAGGGGAAGUGCAUGGGAGCAACCUCCUCCAGAUUUGGCAUCUUAUUUAUACAAGAAUCGAAUUGUAUACUUGGGCAUGUCUCUUGUCCCUUCUGUCACAGAGUUGAUACUUGCUGAAUUUCUUUACCUUCAGUAUGAGGAUGAAGCAAAGCCUAUUUAUCUUUACAUUAACUCCACGGGGACAACAAAGGGUGGCGAGAAGUUGGGCUAUGAGACUGAAGCAUUUGCUAUAUAUGAUGUUAUGAGGUAUGUUAAACCUCCUAUAUUCACAUUAUGCGUUGGUAACGCUUGGGGAGAAGCAGCACUUCUUUUGGCAGCUGGUGCUCAGGGAAACCGUUCUGCAUUGCCCUCAUCAACAAUAAUGAUAAAGCAGCCAAUUGCAAGGUUUCAGGGUCAAGCGACAGACAUUGAGCUUGCUAGAAAAGAAGUACGGAAUGUGAAGGCAGAACUGGUCAAGCUUUAUGCCAAGCAUAUUGGAAAGUCGACUGAGGAGAUUGAAGCUGAUAUCAGGCGGCCAAAAUAUUUUAGUCCCAGCGAAGCAGUUGAAUAUGGUAUCAUAGAUAAGGUACUAUACAAUGAAAGAACAACCGAAGACCGAGGAGUUGUAUCUGACCUGAAAAAGGCACAACUUAUUUAGUGUAGAAAAAUGUGGGUUGGUAGAAUAUUACCAAGAUUGAAGUUUGUGCAAAUACUGGAAUCUGAGAACUGAAAUCUGGAAUCCUCAAGCAGUAUUAGUCGCGGACAGGAAAGUGAUCUGUGAGUUUAUUGCAAGCGUAUCAACUACCAGUAUUUGAGGAACUUCCUGAAUUAUAUUACAACUUUAGAACAAUGUUACAAAAAGGAAAACUGAUAACAUUGUUGAUGUUCAACUUCAUUCUGUUUUGCUCUCUUCAACCAGGAAACUCUAAAAUUUCCCCAAUGUGCAGUGAAAAUUCUUCCUUCUUGUGUAGAGGAACAAUCUUUUCAAAUUUAUUAACUUGAACACAUGGUUUAUACAAUGAAUUUAUUCAGUCA